GCGAAAAAGCUAGCAGGUGCUAAGCGCCUUACAGUCGACCAAACCUGCCAUGGCAUCUUCAGCACGCGCCAAACUCAAAACAGCCUUCAAGAAGGCCAGGGUCAUCGCCCCUCUGCACACGGAGGGUCCGGUGGCCAUCUCCCAGGAUGGGACCAGGCUCUUUACGUGCGUCGGCGAGGAGGUGCUCAUGACCGAUAUCAAAGAGGGGCAGGAGAUGUGUCGGUUCUCUGGGGAUACGGAGUCCAUCACCUCGUUAUGUAUAACUCCGUCCUCCACGCAUCUCAUAGUCUUCACAUCGGCACUGGCACUGCGCAUAUAUGAGGUCCCGUCACCAGACGAACCCUUGGCGAGACCUGUGCAUCCGAUUAGGGUGGUCGCACGCGCACACGACGCGCCCGUCCAUGUGUGCAAGGCCGACCCUACCUCUACGUACCUCGCGUCCGGUUCAGCGGACGGCAUUGUGAGGGUAUGGAACAUCCUGCGCGGCUUCGUCACGCAUGUCUUCAAGGGACAUGGAGGCGUGGUCAGCGCGCUCGCCUUCAACUAUCCUUUCGACCCUUCCGCGGUCGAGCGCGAGACAAAGAUGCAGCUCAUCACCGGCUCCGUAGACACGCGCAUCCGCAUUUUCGACCUGUCUGCGGUUGCAGCAAGAACGGGUGCUGCGUUGAAGCCAGAGGCCAUUCUCGAAGGGCAUGUCUCCGUUCCCCGCGGUCUAGACGUUUCGCCCGAUGGCAAAUGGCUCGUCAGCGGAGGUCGCGAUUCCGUUGUGCUUGUUUGGGACAUCUCAUCCAAGGGGUCGCUCGCAAAUAAAAGCAAGAGCAGCAAGGGGAAAGGGAAAGAGACCGCUUUCUCUCCCUCCCUCGCCAAAACCAUACCGGUUCUCGAGCGCGUGGAAGCAGUAGGGCUCCUUCGGCCGGACGAAGACCUCGCUGGUUCCCCCUCGGGAUCUGGAAAGCUCCGUUUCUACACAGGCGGGCAAAAAGGCGUCGUCCGUAUUUGGGACGCCCGUGAAGGCACGGUUCUAUUUACUCUGGGUCACGAGCAAGAAGGCGGAGAUGAUCAGGAGGAGCAACGCCAGAUUGUUGACAGCAUCUACGUUCCUGCCACAUCUACGAUAGUGUCCGUACAUGCGGACCAGAACAUCCUGUUCCACUCCCUGACGAGCAAGUCCCUUACGCAGCAACUGAUUGGCUUCAACGACGAAAUCGUCGACGCGACGUUCCUCUCCCCGUACCUACCCGCGCAAGCCAGCGCGUCGUCUUCGAAACUCACAGACACGCAUGUUGCACUCGCCACGAACUCUUCUCUCGUCCGAGUUUACUCCACAACGUCCCUUGACGCGCGCCUGCUCACCGGACACUCGGAGAUCGUGCUCUGCCUCGACCAGGGCGCGGGUGGACGCGUACUAGCGAGCGGUAGCAAGGAUCGCUCAGCACGUCUCUGGGCCCCUGCAGCUUCGAGCGACCCCAGUGCCGCUGUGCCAGAGUGGGGCUGCGUCGCCGUUUGCGAAGGGCAUGCCGAGAGCGUAGGCGCAGUUGCUAUGUCGCGGAAGACGGACUCGGAGCUGCGCUUCAUGUUCACAGGCAGCCAAGACCGGACGAUCAAGAUGUGGGACCUAUCCAACGUACCAAUAUCCUACACAUCCUCCGGGGAGGAUGACGCGGAUGGAGACGGCGCGGGGCCGAGCACGCUAAAGCUGAAGAGCUUGACCACGCACAAAGCGCACGACAAGGACAUCAACUCCCUCGACGUCUCGCCGAACGAUCGCCUGCUCGCCUCCGGCUCCCAAGACCGCACCGCGAAGAUCUGGGAGAUCGACUACGUCACCACGAGCGCGGGGGUGCGCGGGGAGGUGCGUCUCCUCGGGACGUGCAAGGGCCACAAGCGCGGCGUGUGGUGCGUGCGUUUUGGGCGUGCCGAGCGCGUGCUCGCGACGGGCAGCGGGGACAAGACGGUCAAGCUCUGGAGUCUGGACGACUCUACGUGUCUGAAGACGUUCGAGGGCCAUACCAACUCAGUGUUGAGGGUCGAUUUCGUGAAUGCCGGGAUGCAGAUGGUGAGCUCCGCGAGUGACGGGCUGGUCAAGCUCUGGAAUGUGCGGGAUGAAGAAUGCGUCGCUACGGUGGACAAUCACGAAGACAAGGUCUGGGCGCUCGCUGUGAGCAAGGACGAGUCGACGAUCGUAUCCGGAGCAGCCGAUUCAGUGGUCACUUUCUGGCAAGACUGCACGGAAGAACAAGAACUCGAGAAACAAUCCAGACGCGCAGAGCUCGUCCAAAAAGAGCAAGACUUCAUGAACUACCUCACCUUGCAAGACUAUCGCAACGCCAUCCAGCUCGCGCUCGCGAUGGACCAGCCCGGGAGGCUGCUCAAGCUCUUCAGAUCCAUCCAGUCGGAGUCCGCCGACACCUCGGAGCUUCGCCAGCCAUCGUUUUCUGGCCACCCCUCAGUCGACACCAUCCUCCGCACGCUCACAACUACGGAUCUCGCCCGUCUUCUGCGCUACAUUCGCUUGUGGAAUGCCACCGCAAAGACGAGCGCCGUCGCGCAGCGCGUCUUGCACGCCCUACUCAAGCUCCGGCCCGCGGACGAUAUAUCCCAUGCUUUCGGCUUCGGCGACGACCUCAGCGCUGGUGCAGGAGUCACGGACACUGAUGGGACACUCAGCGUUAGCGUAGGUGCAAAGGGCGAAGGACGUGGUGGCACCAGCCUCAAGGACUGGGUCGAGGCAGUCAUCCCCUACACGGAGCGACACCUCACGAGGAUGGACCGCUUGCUUCAGGACAGCUAUGUGGUCGACUACCUAUUAGGGGAGAUGGACGGCGGUUUGUUUGACGAACUCGACGACUUGGACAGUACUGAUGGGUCUGCCAUGAAAGUUGAUAGGGUGGUAGAAGUUGCAGCGUAAGCUUUGAUUAUUUACAUACAUGUUGAUCUCAGUUGUAGCCAUAGUCAUUCUCCUGCUCCAUGCACACGUACAU